AUGCCUGAUUAUACCCAAGGGCACACAUCUGAAAUGAUGGCGGCUCAUCAGAUCCGUUCAACUUCUGACUCGUGCGGCUACUUCACUCCAUUGCUUACGUCCCGGCCAACUGCUCACAUCCUCGACGUGGGCUGCGGUCCCGGUAGCAUCACCACAGACCUGGCCACCCACGUACCAGAAGGCCAAGUCAUUGGAGUCGACUUCGCUAAAGAGGCAAUUCAGAAGGCAUCUUCACGACCAUCGCUUCCAGCUAAUUGCACCUUCCAAGUUGCCAAUGUCGACGAUCGUCUCCCGUUCCCGGACAACUCGUUUGAUGUCGUCCACGCACACCAGGUCCUUAUACACCUCUCCAACCCCGUGCAUGCGUUGGCUGAGAUGCGUCGUGUUUGCCGGUCGGGAGGAUUUGUUGCUAGUCGAGAUGGCGACUGGGAUACAUUCACGAUCUUCCCCGAGUCGCCGUCGCUGAAACAAUACAGGGAUAUUCAUGGUACUAUCGUUCGCUCUUCUGGCGCUGAUCCAAAUGCUGGUCGGCGUCUGCGGUACUGGGCAGUGCAGGCUGGGUUCAGUGAUGACCGGAUAACAUACUCGGCUAGUCCGGUGCUCUUUACAGGGCCCGAAAAGGUACGAUAUUGGUCCACGUUGCAGGCUGAACGCUAUACCAAAGGCACUUUCAAGGAACAGGUUCUUUCAAAAGGUCUGGCUACGGAGGAGGAUGUUGCUGCUUUUGGUCCGGCGUGGUUGGAAUGGGGUGAACAGCCCGGAGCCGUUUACCAUAUCUCAUGCGGAGAGGUUGUUUGUUGGAAAGACUAG